AUGACUCCCAGCCUCCAGCAAGCCAAAAUCUCCUUCAUUGGAGGCGGCAACAUGGCCGCCGCCAUCAUUGGUGGUCUUCUCUCCAAGGACAUACCCAAGCAGAACAUUUACGUCUCCGAGCCCUGGGACGUCAACCGCGAGAAGAUGGCCGCCCAGGGCGUGCGCACGACGACAUCCAACCUCGAGGCAUCCAAGGAUGCUGACAUUGUCAUUCUCGCCGUCAAGCCGCAGGUCUGCAAGACGGUGUGCGAGGAGCUCGGUGCUGGCUGGAAGGGGUCGUCGAAGCUUCCCCUGGUGAUCUCCAUCACCGCGGGCAACAAGGUCGAGAGCAUCGCCCAGUGGUUCAAGCAGGACGGCGAGAGUGCGCCUCACAUUGUCCGCGUCAUGCCCAACACCCCUGCGCUGGUCGGCGAGGGCGCUUCGGGCAUCUACGCCAGCCAGGAUGUGACGGAGGAUGAGAGGACGUUGACCACCGCACUCAUGAGCAGCGUGAGCAAGGCCGCCGAGUGGGUGGAUAAGGAGGAGCUCCUCGAUGUUGUCACUGGUCUUUCUGGAUCCGGCCCUGCAUACUUCUUCGCCUUCGUUGAGCACCUCAUCUCCAGUGCCACCAAGCUUGGUCUUUCCGAGGAGCAGGCCACUCGUUUGGCCAAGCAGACCUGUUUCGGUGCUGGUAAGAUGCUCGUUGAGUCAUCUGAAGAGCCUUCGCAGCUGCGCAAGAACGUCACCAGCCCCAACGGCACGACCCAUGCCGCCCUUGUCAGCUUCGAGAACGCUGGAUUGAAGGAGAUUGUCGAUGGCGCUGUCAAGGCGGCGACGGACCGCGCUGAGGAGCUUGGAAGGCAAUAA